CUUGAACUGUCUGUAUAGUAACUAUGUGAUUAAACAUUCAUAAGAAUAUACUAUACUUUUGUGAUAUAGAAACAAUUCUAACACCAAACUUACUCAAGUACAGUACUGUGUGACAGCUAACUAUUUUGAGCAUGAACACAAUUGAAUUGCGAUUGGAUUAGGAAACUGAGAAAUUGAAAUUGAGUCAAAAUUGUAACAUUAGAAUUAAUUUUACAUACAGUACAUUCUAUAGGGAUAGAGGCCAGUGUGUUUGUGUGUGUGUGUGUGUGUGUGUGUGUGUUUCAGACUUACGCGCCACACUGCACGUGCAUGGAGCCGACCUCAGUUCCACACCAGCCCAUGGCCUGGAGAGAGGGGUAGUCAUCACAGAUCUCCACGCUGCGACCCAGGAAGUUCUCCUUCUCAAAGAUCAUCAUGCGACUGCUCUGGUGAGACUGGGAGAGAGAGAGGGAGACUCACGAUCCACACUCCACGCGGAUGGAGCGGAUGUUGUCAAAGCCACAGUCCUGGAUGUUGCAGCAUUCCGAGGUGAACUCCUGGCACUUGCCCUGGAAGUGCUCCUGCUCGAACACGGUCACCUGUGACAAGACAGCGAGUGAGACCAAAGCCGUGAGUGUUCCUGUUCCUCCUCUGAUGAUGUUGUGUUUCUAUUCUCUGGUUGGUGGACAGCUGUGCGGUCAGCAGGUCUUUUUGUGGCGGCGUAAUCCAGCUCUGCCCUGCGCCAGACUAUAAAAGCGUGCCACGAGCCCCAGCACACACACACUCUCAGAGUGGACACCGUCGCUGAGCACACAGGCAUCAUGUCUUCCGAUAAGUCUAAAACUGCCUCCCAGACCGACGGGAAGGCUGCCCAGAGCAAGACCGCUGAGAUGGGCAUGAUGUCCUACAAGAUGUUCGUGUUUGACCAGGAGAACUUCCAGGGCCGCAUGAUCGAGAUCAGCGCCGAGUGCAUGAACGUGUGCGACAUGGGCAUGGACAGAGUGCGCUCACUACGUGUGGAGUGUGGGCCUUUCGUGGGCUUUGAGCAGAUGAACUUCUGCGGUGAGAUGUACAUCCUGGAGAAGGGAGAGUACCCUCGCUGGGACUCUUGGAGCAACUGCCAGAAGAACGACUACCUGCUGUCCUUCAGACCCAUCAGAAUGGACCCUGAGAAGCACAAGAUCUGCCUGUACGAGGUCGGAGAGUUCAAGGGUCGCAAGAUGGAGAUCAUGGACGACGACGUCCCCAGUCUCUCCUCCUACGGCUUCACCGACAGAGUCGGCAGCAUCAUCGUCAGCUGUGGAACCUUUGUGGGCUACCAGUUCCCUGGAUACCGUGGCAGCCAGUUCCUGCUGGAGAAGGGCGACUACAGACACUUUAACGAGUUCGGCGCCCGCUGCCCUCAACUCCAGUCCGUGCGUCGUAUUCGCGACAUGCAGUGGCACCCACACGGCUGCUACACCAUGGCUAGCAAGUGAAUGCCCAGCCAGGAGCGAAAGAGGAGGAUCGGAAAGGAGGGAGAGGGGCGGAGAAGGAAGGAGAGAAGAAGAGACGUCUGAGGCCGUGCCUCUGGCCCUUCUCUGAGACGGGAGCAGAGCGGAGCGGAACAUUCCACCUGGGGAUUCCAUGGGGGGGAGGAA